CACAAAUAACCGUCUGGGAAAACAAAGCAGUGACUGUAAAUGUAUUAAAAACUGGACUGGAUUUAAGUGAUGAUUUGAUAAAAUGGCUGCUCAGACGUUCAUUGCCAUCUCUGAGCUGCAUCCCAACCUCUCUCAUCCGAAAGUGGCAGGCAUCGUCAUUGGGAAAUCUGAUGUCAAAAGCUUCCCUGACAGAAAAAAUAUCGGUGUGGACAGAUUCACGUUUGGCUUCACUAUCAAGGACUCGCCUGACUUCUUCGUUAAUGUCACGGCAUGGGGGAACGACUUGUACGUCAACGGGCUCUCCAACAGCUUCAGCACUGGAGACUGUGUCAUUGUUGAAAAUCCUUUAGUUUCCAGCAAAGACCCGGAGAAAGGGGACAAAUUCUGUCCCACAACACCUAGCUUCUACAGGCUGAUGGUGACAGAGGUUCACUCCCAGGUGUCUCUGUGUGCCGAUACGGGCGCCAUCGAGCGGCUGCUGCCUCUGAUCCACCUCCCAGUGAAAGACCCCGGGGAUUUCUACUCUCUGGGAGACAUCGUGGCCAACGGGCAGAGGCUGGAGGGCACGGUGAUAAAUAUACUGGCUGCAGUGAGAUCGAUUGGAGAGAUGAAGCAGUUCAUCACUUCAGACCAACGCAAAGGGCAGAGGCUGGAAGUGAAACUCUUUGAUGACUCCGUGUCUUCCUUCCCUCUCGUCUGCUGGGACAGAGAAGCCAUUCAGCUCGUGCAAACUUUGAUACCCAAGGAGACGGUGCUCUUCAUAGCCGAUGCAAAGAUUGGUUUUGACAGCUUUCGCAGCGGCAUGACAGCAACGGUUAACGCAAAAACUAUUAUCACUCUGAACCCUGACACCAGAGAGGCCAGUCUGCUGUUCAGCUACGCCAAAGAAGUGGCAGAGUCUGGAGCUCUGGAUCAGGACGAGAAGCCAGAAGACGUGCCUGUGGAGUCCAUCACUGACGUGUACACCGUGAGCCAGCUGAAGCAGAAGGCCCAGGAGAUUUCUGAAAUGUUCUUCGGGAUCACAUACAGCUUCAUCUCCAAACUCGACCUGAACUCUUCUGUUUCUAAACUCAUCAAGACUCGCUGCACCAGGUGUAAGUUCAUGGUGACGGAGGAGGAGGUGAGCUGCAGCAACCUGAUGUGUCCGGGCAGGGAUCAGAUGUUCUCCAGCUCCACGGGCUUCGACAUGCUGAUGGACUUCACGGACCACACCGGCACGCUGCAGGCCUGCUCUCUGAGGAGCCCGCUGGCAGAGAAGGCUCUCGGCUGCACGACGGAGGAGUUUACCAAUCUGACUGAUGACGAGCGGACGACAAUGAAGUGGAAAUUACUUUUGGAGAGAUGCAAGAUAUACGUGAAGAUCCUCCCCUCCAUUAAAAUGAAGAGUGGGAUGAGGGCGGUGGUUCUGGACUGUUCUGUGGCCGACCCAGGAGAGGUGAAGCAGCACAUGUCCGCCCUGCUGCAGCAGCCAUGACCAGAACACAUAGUUACAGUACUGUUUUGAUUGAAAUGUAAUAGAU